CCUACCUAUUGUGAUCCCCAUAGUCCAAUUGGCUCAAAAUGUAUUCCCGAGUCUUCCCACAGUAGAUGUCCGCCCUUCGACAAGGUGGAAAAAAUUAGAAAGUUGGUCAAGCGGCGUCAGACUCGAUGCCCGUUCUGUGAUGAUGCCCUUGGUGUUGAGGCAUGUGCCAGCUGCCCUUGUGAAACGCAGUUACAGUAAUGAGUAGAGACCAUGCACAGACCGAAAUGGACCUGGCUUUUGGACCAGCCAAGCCCUAUGGGUCCUCGAGAAGUAUUGUGAGGAGAAUAGCCACUAGUCUUCCUCUUAAACCCUGCCCCAGGGUUCAUUUUCAGCUUUAUCCGUACAAUGAGGACGCUGGUGUCCUAUUUAGCGCCAGGAGGCAGAAUGGUUUGGUGGCCUCUCUGGCUGAUAUCGCCUGGAUAAGCAGGGAUGACGAGGAUGAUGAAGACCUCCUUGGUAGACCCAGAUCAAGGAUCCCACCAGGAUUGGCGUUUCGAGCGCGCCAGCCCCAUCCUCAGAGAAAACCUUUAACCCGCCAGAGGUCACUACCAAGCCUGCAUCAGGGGAGUCCGGACCCCCAGGCACCAACAGUCGCCAACAAUGAGGCCAUUCAGAAGAUCAGUGCACUGGAGACUGAACUUGCCAAACUCAGAGCUCAGAUAGCACAAAUUGUUCUGGCUCAGGAAAUGAUUGCACAGCCAGCUGCUACCACGGGGAGACCUCCUCCUCCACCCUCUGGCACCCUGCCUCCCCCUCCCCCACCACCUCCUCCUCCUCCACCACCGCCACCCCCCUUAAGUCUCCAGCGGACAUUUUCUACCAUUGAUUUGAUAAAGGAGCGCAGGGGGAAGAAGACAGACAGCCAAACAGUUUUGGAUUCAAAGCCGGCAGAAAUCCCCAGCAUGCUCGAUGUCCUGAAAGACAUGAACAAGGUCAAGUUGCGAUCAGUCAAAAGUCGUCCAGUGGAAGGUGACGCCAAAGUGAAGUCCAACGAGCCGGUAGAUGCUGCAGCUCUCAUUGCUGAGGCCCUGAAGCGCAAGUUCGCCCAUCGUUAUCGACAUGACAGUGAACGAGAAGACAAGGAGGUCUUCAAACUUCCCAUUCCAGCCGUGAAACCUCAAGCCGAAACCCCUUUGUUUGGGCAGCACAUGUUAAAACAAACUGGAAAGAGGAAGCUGAUCUGAACAGGCGAUUCUGAACUUGAGGUCCAGAUGUACCCAGGACACUUUGAAGUACCCUGUCGGCUGUUUCUGUGGAAGAACAAGGGAUUCUGCUAGAUGCUCCAAGUGUCGCUCAUCUCAUAGUGUUGCAUCCGAUGAUCACCUAGACCAUCUGUUUUUGCACUUUUGUAACUUAUAUUAUCAGCUUUCUGUUAUACACACCUGAUUGUUUUUGUUUAACUGAAUGUCUUUUUGUUUUUGUGUUAGUCAAAAUGUCCACUCUCUACAGUCCUGAGUGUGUCAGAGACAGAGUGCAUGUUUAAGCAACACUACAGAAUCGUUAAGUUUAAUGGUUUUAUGGUUCAAUAAUUACUUCGGUUUUUGUUAAACUUGUUGCACAUGGCAUCAUUGGUUGCAUGCCCGUUUUUUUGAAGAGGGUCUGAAAGCUGAAGAGUUCUUCUACCACAGAAGAAAGGGAGCACUUUCUUACUCCAGGAAUAUUGUGCUGUAAUGUUUAUAUAUGUAUGACAACUAAUUUAAGACUUGGAUCCUUAUAUUUAUGUUGUGGUGUAAGUAGAUAAUUAAGAUUUUAACACAGGUAAUUAUGUUGUUGAUUUGUCUGUUAUUAAUUACAGUUGGGUUUUAAACAGUUUUAUACUAACUAACUGAGCCUGUGUAAGUUGUGUCCCAGUUGCCAGUCUUUCGGUGGCUUAUGUGUUUAAAGUUAUGCAUCCCAGUUUUAGUUGACAUUAUUUAUCGCUGUACUAUAAUCAGCAUUUAAGAGCCAAAGACAUUCCAGUGAUGCUCUGCGAGAUUCUGCCUUGCACUGCCAAAUAUUGCUUUUUCAUGUCCCAUGUAUGAUGCUUAAAUAGUGAGGAUAACAGAUACAGUAACUGUUAAGCAACAUUAAUAUUUCUAGGUUAUUGGCGGUACACUUGUUGCUUUAUCAGUGCCCUUUUUGGUAACAUUUGCCUUUUAUCCCAAAACCACUUCCCUGUAAGACUCACAGUUCAACAUUACUAAACAAGUGUUGUUGUAGUUAACUCUGUAUUGACAACAUAUUUCAGUCAUGGGUCCUAAGGCACCCACUGUUAUCGGUAUCCCAAAGGUAUCAUUUACACUGUUGUGCCAGUAAUCAUAUUUCCACGCCUCAGUUUGUGUCUCAGAACGUACUGAUUCCUCGGGAUCAUGUGAGGUUUUUAGGCAGUGUUUUGUUCAAAGUGACUGAUUGCACAUUAUUUCCAAUUAUGUUCACUAUGCCAGUUUAGUUGCUGGUUCAAGACAAUUUGUCUACAAGGGAAGGUGGACUGAGUGUCUCAGUGGUAACUGAGUGAUUAUUCAAGAUUUUCGUAGAAAAGACUUUAUAAAAAUUGUUAACUUGAAUUGUGAAAUCUAUAAAUAAAAGUUUAUGGUCUGCCUGUA